AUGGAGAAAAUGAAGCUUUCAACAAUACAGGCAGAAAUUUCUUCAUUUAAUUAUGAUCUUGAGAAUCUUGAGCCUACUGAUGAUGUUUCUACUGUGGUGUUAUUAUGGGCUGUUUGGCAAUUAAUUGCAAAAUCUGAGAAGAGAUUCAAAAAUAAUAAUCCUGAGAACAUAUAUAGACUUCUUCUUCUAUUGAAAUAUGUGCUUAAACAAGAAAAAGACUGUAAGCAAGAUAAUAAAGUAAUUAUCUCAAAGUAUGCAAACCUGAAUGCACAAGAUGAUUCUGCUGCAAAGACAGGAGCUGAGGCUGCUAUUACUGCAGUCAUUAGCAAAGAGUUUCAAGAUGAUAUUGAAAUUGAUUCUACUGAUGAAGAUGUUGAUGCUGAUUUUGAGGAGAAUAUUAAUAAUGCUGUUGAAACUGUAAACAAGAUUAUUUGUGGAAUUAGCUCUGAUAUUCCUUUGCCUUUUAUGGAUAAAGACAUAAGAAAAGUCUUACUUGAAGAGUUUACCAAAAAUGCUGUUGAUAUUGAAAUACUAUUUGUGAAAAAGUGUAGAUCUGAUAAUAGACUAAUAGCUGAUGCUGAACAUCUGGAAUAUCUUGAAAUGAGUGACAAUAAUGAUAAUAAUGAAGAUUCUGUUAAGAAUACUGUGGAAGAUGAAAUUCUUGCUAAUGAAGUGGAACUGGAAAAGACUGCACAAUACUGCACUUUAAUUCUCAAAGUGAAAGAACAAAAUGUUCUUGACAGUAGAGAGAUCAUUAAUGAGACUCUCAAGAAGUUCAUUGUUGAUAAAAUCACAUUGAAAUCUGAAUUCAAAAAGCUUGAUAAAAAUGAUCUGAAGACUGCAACAACAGUUAUCAUCAUGUUAUAUUUAACAUGGUGA